AUGCCGUCGGCCUCCUACUCGAUCCCGUGCCCCUCGCCCUUCGCUUCUCCCUACGAGGGUGAAGCCUCCUACUCGUCAGGCGCUGAAGAAUCGCCACCGAUCCCGCGCCAUUCGCACUCCCAGCCGCAGCCGGUCUGCUUGGUCAAGCGUCGGAGCGUCGAACCGGGCGACUUCACGCAGCCGACGAAGCGGGCGCGGCUGGGCGGGAGGAAUGGCUUCCUCGGCCAAAGCAGCUACUCGUCGGGCGACUCUGGAUACGGAAGGUCCCAAGAAGAAGGGUCGCCAAGCGAGAGCCUGACCGACUCGUCAUUCUUCUCAACUUGCCGCACCCACCUCUCCCAGCCGACCCCCAGCGACGACUACCUCACCAACAAGGAGUACCACCAAGAUAUCUAUGCGGUCCUUCGGCAACGGGAGCUUGAUGCGCCUACCAUUCGCCCGCAUUUCCUGCAGAGCUGCAUGCUGGGCAUCGAGACGGCGAGCUUCAUGCGCCGGGCGGCCAUUUUGCGGGCUAGGGUGGCGUCGGACGCUCUGCAGUGCAAAAAGGAAACAUUCCACCUCGCCGCUCACUAUAUGGACGCCAUCUGGUCGACGCUGCAGCUCUGCGAACGCGAGGCCUUCUUUCAAGUUGCCGCCGUCUCCCUCGUCACUGCAUCAAAAUGCGAAGAGUACAGCAGCAUCCGCUUCUCAAAGGUGGCACGCGAUGGGAUCUGCGAGAUUACCAACAUUUCCGUUCGCGACUUGGCGCAACUCGAGGAUACUUUUCUGCAUGCAUUGAACUGGCGUCUCACCGUUGCGACACCGUACACCUUCACGACCUACAUGCACACCGUCGUCGCUGAGAGUACAGAACGUUGCGUCGAGCUAUCUGAUCUCCUCAUCUUCCUCGCCGUUCUUGACGAUCGGAGCCGCGAGUGGAAAAACUUCGAGGUGGCCUACGCGGCUGUGCUGGUCUCGAACACACUGGUUGAAUAUUCAAAGGUUUUCUACGAGCCGUGCUCCCUGCAGCAGCUCGAGGCCAAACUUUCGGCAAGGACCAAGGUGCGCGAAGGGGCUACGCGGCCGCUCUGUCUGAAGCUCGUCAAAAUGUAUGAAAAGACGCUCCGGAAGCAAAGCUACUUGCCCGAGUCGAUCCCGCUCGUCGUCUUCAGCUGGGAAGCCAUCAGCAGGACGAAGCAGUACUUCCGCGACCUCAACGACUCGCUCAGCACCCUCACCACGACGAGCACCAUCUACAGUCAAGAUUUCGCAUCCAUCCGUUCUGCCGGCAGCACCCAAGACGAAGCGGCCAUCAACACCAAGCCUGAAAAAGACUUCUCGCACCUCCUGGACCCUUUCGGCCCGCUC